AUGCCGGCUUUAACCUGCAACGCCUGCAACAAAGAAUUCAAAGACGACGCCGAGCAGAAGCUCCAUUACAAGUCCGAAUGGCACCGAUACAAUCUCAAACGCAAGGUUGCAGGAGUGCCAGGGGUUACAGAAGCCCUUUUUCUAGCCAGACAGUCUGUUCUUGCAGAAGAGAAUAAAAAGUUGACUGAGACUCCCAUGCUCUAUACCUGUGGUGUUUGUGGGAAAGAGUACCGAAGUUCCCAGGCUUAUUCUCAGCAUUUGAAAUCGAAAAGCCACUUGUUAAAGGCUUCACAAGAGCCUAACCAUAAUGGUGAAAACAGGGCUAUAAUUAGGCCUCUUCAACGCCCCAUUUUGGAUAGAUCCACUCAGCAGGUAGAGGAAGAUGUUGAUGAAAGUGAGGAGAGUGAGUGGGAAGAGGUUGAUGAAGAAGACAUGGCUGAAGCUACUGAUUCUUUGAUGCAUACUUCUAAUGAGAACAUGCAAGAUGCAGAUAUGGAUGACUAUAGUGUAGAGCUGGAUCCAUCUUGUUGCUUCAUGUGUGAUUUAAAGCAUAGAACAAUAGAAAGCUGUAUGGUUCACAUGCACAAGCAGCAUGGAUUCUUUAUCCCCGAUGUUGAAUAUCUCAAGGACCCGAAAGGCUUUCUGACUUAUGUUGGUCUCAAGGUUAAGAGGGACUACCUGUGUUUGUAUUGCAAUGAUAGAUGCCAUCCUUUCAGCAGUUUAGAAGGAGUUAGGAAGCAUAUGGAAGCAAAAAGUCAUUGUAAAGUGCACUACGGUGAUGGUGGUGAUGAUGAAGAGGCAGAAUUAGAAGAAUUUUAUGACUAUAGCAGCAGCUAUGUGGAUGCAAAUGGAAAAGAGCUGGUUGCAUCAGGUGACACUAGCAGUGGAGUUGAGCUUGGAAGUGGUGGGGCCGAGCUAAUUAUUAAAAAGAGAACUGAUGAUGGAGUAUCUACCAUAACACUUGGAUCAAGAGAAUUUUUGCGAUAUUAUCGACAAAAACUGAGGCCCACUCGCACGAACGAUAUUGCUCUUAGUGCUGCAUUAGCUUCCAGGUAUAGAAGCAUGGGCCUAGCAACCGUGCAGUCGAGAGAAAACAUGGUUAAGAUGAAGGUGAUGAAGGCCAUGAAUAGGUCUGGUCACGAGGCAAUGCGCACCAAGAUUGGUAUAAGAAAUAAUGUCAUCCGAGAUCUCCCCAAGAAUGUACCAUAUUAAACCUUAUUAUGUUAUUGUUCCGGGUUUUUUUUUUUCACCCAUGUCAAUGGCUUUCAUGUUUGUUGAAUGGGAUGGACUAAUUUACUUGCCAGAUAAUCCUUUGCCCUCUUAUAAAGGUGAUGCUAGUUGUGAAACUUUUAAUGGAGUUAAGGAAAUAUACUGGGUGCUUGUUGGUUUUGAUACUUUUGUGCUUUCUCAUUCUUGCCUUCGAAUGUUUUCAGAGGCUCAAACCCGAUUGAGGUUGCAUUCUUCACGGGAAGCAUGUUGGCUGUAGCUAUUAUUUUAGAGUGUGUAUUAGAUAAAUUUUACUUUAAUGUAAUACGGUAUCUCCCAAAUUACAUAAUAGAGGCAAAUUACAUUAUGAAAUAAUGUUUUAUUCAUUUCA